AUUACAACUAAAAAAAAAUACACUUGCUGGUUCAGAAAUGAAAACAGUGUAAAAAGUGUAAUUUAGAAAUAAAAAUGACGUAAAAAAAUCAUGACAGAAUCCCUUUAGAAUACUGUAAACUGGAUUUGUUGGGGUAACUACACUAACCUGACAUGGAAUAAGCAUGUUCUACAGAUCAUUUCCGGAUUAUACGCGUUCGGUUCAUACAUAUGCCUGUUUUCCUUUGCUUGGGUUUUGCUGUUUUUAGUUUCCUUAGAGAAACACGAGUAGCAAAUGCUGUAGCCAGUCAGGAAGGAAAAGGCCUAAUUUGGGCUACAGCUGUUUUCUCAUUUACAAAAAUGUAAAGCAUGUGGUGGUUUGGCCUACAGAACAUGUACAUAGUCUUGUUAGGGCUGCUUGUAGGAGCCAUCAGCAAGAAUGAAUAAAUGAAUGGAGCUAUUGCAGUAAUGUUCUUUUGGAGUAAAAGGAAGACCUGUGAAUGACUUGGGGCUCCAUGAUAUUUAGUCUAGGUUGGUAAUCGGAGAACCUGGAACACAAAUAGUUUGUGUUUGGCGUGUAGCGUUACAUAGACAUUAUUUUUAAGAAAAUCCUUGUUUCAGGUAUACAGUCAGGGUUUCUUUUGACUCCAUCGCUGUUGCCUGCAUCACUUCAUAACAGAACGACCUUACAUUUUCAAGGUCAGCUGUAAUUUAUUGCAAGGAAAUGUACAAUCAUGGAGGGGGGGAACGGAAUUCACCAUCAUAUGAUGGCUCAAGCUCAGUCAGUCUUCUAAGAGAAAUGUUUGUUUUGUCACCACGUGUGUAAAGGACCGAGCCCUUUAACUGCAUCUGAAAGAUCCAUUCUUUAGGCGCCUGUGUAUAAGAGCAAAAACAUAUGCUCCGUUUCUCCUGCAUGUAACGUGGCCAGUGUCAGAUAUUUUCUGAGAAACUUUGUUACAGGAUAAAGCCUCAUUAAUGGUUUUGUUACCGCAGAUUUAAAAAAGAAAAAAAAAAACCAAGAACUAAAUAGCAUGACAUUGGCAUUCAGCAAUGUGUGUGUACGAACGAGCGCCAAAAGCUACAUAACUGGGUGUGCGUAACUACUAGCGCUGUCACAUGCAGUUAGUGUUUUUGUUUUUCUUUCUGUUUUUGUUUUCUCCCCAGAAAAACAAGCCACAGCAGUGGUUUUGUGUUUCAGUGUUUUAAUUAGCUGCUAUUAGAGGCAUCCAGGGUAAAAGUGGAGAUUAUGUUGCCUUUACUGAUCUACAGAAAAAUACCAUCAAUGUUUAGCAGAGAAUCGUCUUGGCAAACAGUAUGAAUGGAGAACGGAGGCAAUUCAGCUUCAGUAGGUGAUGUGUCUCCUGUGCAAAUGAAUCCCAUAUCUCAGUCUCAUUUUAUUCCACUGGCAGAAGUGCUGUGCUGCGCCAUUUCUGAUAUGAACACAACUCAGAUUUUAGUGACACAAGAAAGCCUCAUGGAACAUCUCAAUAAACAUUACCCAGGAAUAGCGACCCCAUCUCAGGACAUUCUCUAUAAUGCACUUGGGACACUUAUCAGAGAAAGAAAAAUCUAUCAUACUGGAGAGGGGUAUUUUAUUGUCACACCCCAGACUUAUUUUAUAACAAAGAAAACAGCUCUGGACUGUAAAUAUGCAGCAGCUGAAAAGUUUUCCACCUCUCCACCGCCCAUCACUUACCUUGUCAGCAUGGAGAGCUGUGCAGAUCUAACCAAAGUUAACAUGCCAUCAGUGUCACACUGUAGAUCAUGCAGUUGCUUUUCUGAGCAAUCUCUUCACAACGUACUUGGACAACAGUCGAUUAAUGAGAGCCAGGUAAAAACGCACAGAAGCAUCAAGGAACAAAAACCUUCCCUUCGUAAUCAAGCAACUUCCACUUCCAGGGACCAUUACACAUGUGAAAAAAACAAGCAACAGGUUGUGUUAAAAGAAAAAGAAAAGUGUGGUAAGAAGUUCGGUAUCAGUCUUUUCUGGCGUAAUGUCUCCAAAAAGGAGAAGCCAAGGAAAGAGUUGGUGAGCUUUUCUGCGCAAUUCCCCCCGGAGGAAUGGCCAGUAAGGGAUGAGGACAAUUUGGAUAAUAUCCCGCGGGAUGUUGAACAUGAAAUAAUUAAACGCAUCAACCCAGUUCUUACUGUGGAUAACCUAAUGAAGCACACUUUGCUCAUGCAAAAGGCUGAAGAACAAAAAAAGUAUUUCAGCAAAGGAACAUCAACGGAUAUCAUAAAAAACAAGCACGGCUAUAAUUCUAAGGGAAGUAGUAAGAAAAAAAAUGGCAAGUUGUCCAAAUACCACAAAAAAGUUCAGUCCAGUAAAGAGAAAUGUAAGAAGGACACUGGUGCUCCAAGGGCAGUGCCCCAUGAAGAGAAGGAUGUCAACAGACUGUCUCUUGAUCAGUCCGAUGAUGAUGAUGAUGAUGUAAUGGCAAUGGACAGGCAUUGUUAUGUUAGCGCAGAAAUUGUUCAACACGAUACGGUCUACAAAAAGCAAAUUAGUAAUCCAUUUGAUGGCAUACCAUACAGGGAGAAUUCCAACGUGAACGGGCACAAGUCAUUGAAGGAAAUUAAGAGAUCUCGUUCUGGGAAGCAAAGAAGGUGUGUACCAAGGUCGAGAUCCUUGGACUGUACAGAAAGAAAGGCAGAGAACAUUCAUGUUGAGCAUAUACAUUCAGAAAGACACAUUGGAGCUUAUAGAAAUGAACCAUAUCAUGAACCGUUCCAUUCUGUUCUUUCUGACAAAGAUGACUUGAGGGAAUAUCCACCCAGUUAUCCACAGAGUAGCACACUGCGCAUUGAUGACAAAUAUAAACCUGCCAAAGAAGACAAUUCUGCCAGUGUCCUGUAUAGUGAAGACAGCUAUAUUUGUGAUGAUUUCCAAAAAAAUCUGUUUGUUCAUUUAGAGGCUAGCGUGGAGCACGAGGCAGUGAAGUCACAUUCCAUCUACAAGGUGACUGCAAUGAACAGUUUAAAACCAAACCACUGUAAAAGUGAAAUUAACUUAAAUCUCAUUGGGAGAACUCAUUAUGGGAUAUCUGAAGACAGUGGGGCAUCGAACGCCUGUAAUUAUUCAAACAGUUGUCUAAAAGACACAGAUAUGCCAAAAUAUAAUGCAUUGCCUAUCUCAGAGACUGGAGGAUUUACUAAAGACAAUAAAGCUUUGUACCAAAGGACUGUGGAAAAUGAUGAUGCUCACAGGUAUUUAUAUCUUGAAGAUGACACUGAAGACAAAACGGAGAUGUGUCCAAUACUUGACUCUCAUGUCCAAAAAGCAAACUUGGACGCGGUCAACUGGAAUGACCUUGCAGAUGAAAACAAAAAUACCUCUGGUAAUUCUCAAUCCCAGUGGCAACCUAAAAUUACCUUUGCACCUCAGUUUGGCUCUUCCAUAGACAAUGACCAAAAAACAUACAGUCCUUCUCUUUUUUCCUUAGAUGGUUCCCAUGAAUGCCACAAACAGUCUUUGCACACAGGUCAGCCGUUACCAGAGUAUAUCCAUGGUCACCUGGAAGAAGAACCUGAAACUGCCGACUGCAUAAAUUCCUCAGAACACAUUGACGGCAGCAUAUUUGAUUACUGCAAUUCAAGCGAGGCAAACUCUGUGGCCGAGGCGCUACACAUGUCCGUUACUGGAAAUGAUGAAAAGCCCGUUGCAAAUUCAGGGCAGCAGUCUGGGGAAUUGAGGACCUGCUUUGAACACAAACUGACACUAUUUCAUUCAAAAAUGAACCCAUCAGAAACAAGCCACCAUGAAAAGAAUGAAAAUCACAGCACAACUGGGGAUAGUGGCAUUGAAUCGCCGCGAACACGGAUAAGCAUUGCUUCCAAUAACUCUGUUGUUCUGGAGACGCUGAAAAGAAGGACUUUCUUGCAGAACCUGGAAAUGAAUGGUAAUCCCAAACACGAAGGACUUCUUCCCACCAGUUCUCUAAUACAGAUUACGCCUGCUAUGAACGUGUAGGGUUCAGUACUUUCAUUUGAAAGCUUCAAUUGCGUUUGUGCAUUUUUAUCCUAAAUCAUGAAAUAUUGGUUUAUUUAGGUUUACGGCAUGCGAUGCCUAUUGUCGGUGGUUUUAUCGACCAGAGGAGUGCCCAAACCUGUUAACAGGAGGAUUUUGGCCCCAAAUUGCUUAGAUGCAUGUUUUUGUACCAAUAUUCAUGACGCUUCUCUGCUGGCAGAGAUUACGCUUUGAAAAUGUUACAGCUGUCUGCCAUCAUUGAGCCGAAUGCUGUUCUUUUUCAGCGUGCCAAAUCAUUUGGAAAAAUAAGCUAGAUAAUGGUAAAAAGAUGAUAUCACAAGUACACACAAUUCUGUGGAGCUCUUAUGCUGGCUGAGGCCUUUAAAAAUCCUGGGAGUGCCUUAUCUAGAACGUAGGUGUCCUUCAAGCAUUUUCCGAAUAUCCCACAAUUUUUUUGUCCUGCUGCCUGACAUGUUCCCCAAUUUGGACAAUAGACUUUGCAGAGAGAUCCUUAGAGGUGCAGAUGACCCGAUCACAAGUCUACAUCUAAACCUGCUUAGCUCUGUUGUACAUAAAGACACCAGCACUAUGCAGUGGAUCAGUACACCUGCAAUACUUAUUAGGGCUAAGUACAACUUUAAAAGUGAACACUAGCAUUUCUU